AUGGACGUUCUGCCGUCUACUGCUUCCCAAUUAUCCAAAAAGCUGCGGUCCAAGAAUGUGUCUACAAGUGAAAUUUACGACAUUUCUGUAAGGCUUCUAGAGGGCAAAAUAGCAGUUCAUUUCCCGAAAAAAGAGGUGUUUGUCCUGGAACUACUGACAGACAGAUGGAACAAUCAACGGAAUACCCAGUUUAAGCGAGACCCGCACAUGUGGCAGCUUUUCAAUCAAAUGUGGGUUGCCGUGCACUCUGACGUUCUACGCAAGAAGAUAUUCAGAAACCUGAGAUACGUACCGCAUUUGAUUCAGACACUGGAACUUGAAGAUCUGGCGUGCACUGCUGAAUUGGCAGAUGCGCUGGCAACGAAUUUCGAGCUGCUGAACUCCAGCUUCAUGGUGGAAAUGUCUCAAGACCAAGCUAUGGCCAUCAUCGCAGGUGUGCUCAAAAUCAUACUUCACGCGCCAGACCUUGCACGUCCGUGCUCGGAGAAGCUGUUGAACGAGACCCUGAAACUUACACAUCUGCAAGCCAACAUCUGGACGGGCAGCAUUAACAAACUAAGCCAAAGCUUUUGUUCAACUUUAUUGCCUAAUCUCUUACAAUAUAGUGCCAAGUACCAGGACGAUUUCGCACCCGCGUUUGGUGGUCUCAUCGAUGAGUUCCUUUUCGCGGCCGGCUUUGACAGCGUGAAACAAAUAUCACAUUUCCUAGAGGUUGAAGGAUCAGCCCUUCCCUUCCAAUGCUACAUGGUUCUGUACCGUGAGUGUAUCAGAGCAGUAUCAAAAGGUUCCAUUGGACAGCUCGAACAGAUUUUUACAAUGAUCACCAAAAAAAAUCCGUCUCUAGCCUCAAACCUGCUUCAUGAAUUGAGCUCGCUCAGAAAGACACUGUCUCAGCAGUUUUUGGAGACUUUAUUCCAAGAAACUUAUCAAAAAAUCUUGGAAGAUAAGAAGGGUACGAAUGAUGAAUACUGGACGAUGGUAAAACAACUUCUUAAACUCGAUAUCGAGGUGGGAAUCAUAAAUACGAUGAAGAUUAUGGAUGCUAUGGUCACAACAUCUCUAGAUGAAAAUCUAUUGAGAGUUUGGGAAACUUUGAUAGAGUGCUACGUCAACGCAAGAGAAUUCCCACGACUCUUAGAUCACUGGAAAAAGUACUGCACCUCUCCUGACAAGUCUACGCUUUUCGUCGAUGACGCCAGGCUUCAUUCGAAAAUCACUUCUCAAGUAUCUGCUAUGUCAGCGACUCAAAUUAAAGCCUAUUUCGACACAGUUGUAGAUGAAAUCUCACAACAGGGCCACGACAUGCGACUAACUUUAAAACUUCUAAACGUCGUUCUCGUGGGUCUAUACAGCAUGCCAUACAGAGCUCUUCCGGGACUUGAAGGGUCUUUGAUCAAGCUGCUGGAAAUUAACGGUGCCAAGUUCCCAGAAUACUGGACGUUCACCUACCAUUUCUUGAACAUUUAUGAUGACAUUUUACCUGAAGAUCAUUUGACGAUGAUCCAAUCAAAGAUUGUCGCCUCACUCCAAGGAAAAGAGCAGUCAAGCGAAUUAUUCCUCACAGCCAUGAAGCUCAGAGAGUUGAAAGAGUUUGAUGUCGACAUCGCGAUCGAGAGCUUCAUGUCAUUUUUUCGCCAAUCUCAUGCAGCUGAAAAGCGCGAUCUUUUAAAAGAGCUAUUCUGCAGAUGGAGCACAAUUCUAAAUUUAUGCUUCUGUCAGGAACAUUUAACAGAACUAAUCGAUGAACUGUUGAUUGAUGAGAAUCUGGAAUUGCUCGAUUUAAUUACCCUCUCAGACGACUUUUACGAGGAGACAAGAAUCAUGGGCAUACUUACUGACAAAUUAUGCGAUGGUAUUGGUAAAGAGACCUUCGUCGAGCGUUUGAACAAGAUACCAAUACAGUGCACCGCCAAGGUGACCCGUGUGAGGGCGAUUGACAGAUUGUGCUCAGAGUCAAACUUGAGCAUUGCCGGAUUUAACUUGGUAUCGCGCCUUCUUUCAAACCCUACAUUCAGGUCAAAAGUAGAAGUGGAUAUCAGCGCUUUGGAGGCAAUUUUAAAGCAGAACUCUUAUUUGUACCAAAUUGAGAAUCCAAUCGCUGAAAAAGUUCUCGCGAAUCAUAUUUCUCAGUUGAAGGAUGCUGUGAGCGAGCAAUACAUCGCGAACUUGACGUCGUUUCUGACAGAGAAGCUGCAAGGAGACGUCGAUUUUACAACCUGGAAACUGGCCUUUCUUCUCGUUAAAACGGUUAAUUUUGAUCUUGAAUUGAGUCAACAAGUACAGAACACAUUAACCGAUAGGCUGAAUGCAUUCGUUUACGGUGUGUCCGAUUUCUCAAAAGAUAAGCCUAUGCUUCUCUGGUCUCUAAAGGUGCUCUAUGAAAUCUAUCAGGGUACUGAAUCCGCGCAGUUGAAAGAAAGCAUCAAUUCAGUGACCAAAAACAUCGCAGAAAAGACUUCUUCGGAGAACUUCGACAGCGAUUUGAAGGCUGUUGUAUUUGCUCUAUUUUGCUGCGCGAACACGAAUGAGCCCCUAAUCCUCUUGGCUCACUACAUGGUCUUGAGAGAACAUAUAUCGAAAGAGCAUAUUUAUGAUGCGAUCGAAAAGGUGGUUGUGACAACUGCUGCUAACUCUCGUAUGUUUAAUGAACUGCUUUUCGCAACAUUGGCAUCUGUAAAAGAAGAGGACUCAAAUUACACCAAGUGUGUUCUAGAAAUAUUAGAACUACUCUUCCGCCACAUCCAAAGAGAAAACGAACAGGGAAGAAUCUUAUUCUCGAGAUGUCUAUCUGAAAUCAACACCCACAUGGACGUCGCAGUUGGAAUUCACAAGGAAAUUUUUUUAGGCUUGCUCGAUACAAUUAAGGGAUUGCUUGUUUGGAAGCCAUGGCUAUUUAGCCAACACACAAUCGAAGCACUCUUUCCAUUGUGUCUCAGAGUGAACGCAGUUGUGAUGGAUUUAAAUGGGGAAGAUAACGACCCUGUGUUUACGUCCACGACCCAACUAUUGUCACAUAUUUUGAUGUAUCACCGCUUCAAGCUGACGAAUCGUCACCACCUGGUGAACUCAUACAUGUGCGCGGCGUUAGAGAUGCUUACAUCGAGUUCACGCUGCCAGCUGUCGCUGGAAUCUGCCCAAUCUUUCAGCCGGUUCCUCGCGGUCUUCUGCGAGCCAUCAAACGACGCAAAAAACAACAAGAAUCAAAACUCUCUGCAAUCACAGGUUGGUCAAGUCAAGAAGGUUCUCAGAAGACAUGUUUCAGUCUUGCUCUUGAAAUACAUCAGUCUUGCGAUCGGAUCCUCAUUCGGGACUCAGGUCAAAGAAUGUUUGAAUUCUGGGUUCUUCUCAGUGUUUGAUAUUCUUUCACAGGCCGAAUUGAUGGCCGUGAGCGCUUCCUUAGGUAGUCCCGGACGCAUUUACUUCAAGACCCUGUUAGCCGAGUAUAAGAGAACGGGAAAAUGGCAUGAGGGAUAA